AUGCAGCCACAAGCCUCUGCCGCCCAGAGGGCCUACUCACAACGGCGAUCCCCAGGGGCGACGGAUCCCGGGCCUCCGCCGAAUGUUUCCGUGCGAGCCAUCUCGCCCGGCAUGCAGCCAGGCCAUCCCCAGCAGCGACAAUCCAACGCCUCCGUCCGGUCCGCCCCGUCCACCAGCGGGUCGAGGAGGACUACCCGCGAGGGUUCAUCCGGGUCAGGGAGCGGCUCCAACAUGCCGCUGUCGCAAAUCGAAAAGAGCGUCACCCAUCUCCUCGUAGCCACCAAGCAGCUUCUCGAGACACUGACGCAGUGGUCGCGCGGCCAGGCAACCGAUGCGCAAGUCUCCGAUGUCUACGUGCGCUUAGGUUACGAAUUCAACAUGGCUUGCCGCGCCUUCACCGCCAUCAACGUCGACACCUCCGACCUCGGCAACGUGCCCGACCUGCUCCGCAGCAUUCUCGAGGCCUGUCUGAGCCAGGAAGCGAGCGCCGAGAGCUUGGAGAAGUACCUGCCUAGAAUUCGGGACAUCAUUAUCAACUUGCUCCACGGGCUGAAGCGGAAGCAGCAGAGAUUGCGCCAGAAGCAAGGGCGCGAUCGAGACGGCUCCGCGGUCCCGGAGCGAGCCACGAGCGUCAGCACCAUCGGGAGCGGGAGCAGCGGCCUGACCAACAUGCUGGAAGACACCUUGGAGAGCCACCGACCGCAUUCGCAUCGGCCAGGGUCCGGUCCGCAGCAGAAUGGCCAGUCGUCACCCACGCGGCGCUUCAACGCUGAGAGAGACCCAUCCAGGGGGUCGGUCGCGUCAGAGGUGUCUUCCAUCUCCAGCGCCACCAUGCAGAGCAUGCCCGUGAUGCCGCCCUAUCCAACAGACGACUCCUCUUUGCCUGCGGCGCCGCCCGCGCCAGAGCUCAAUAUCGACUCUUUUCCGCCGCCACCGCCGCCGCCCCCGGACAAGACAUCGAGUGCGCUGGCAGCGCUGCAAAAGGGUGGUGAUCUGGAGAGAAGGGCGUCCCGAAGAUACUCCCAGUAUCAGAUCUCGAAGCAUCUUGGGUCAGCCGGAAAUGUCGUACCCAUGCUCCCUUCACAGACAGGGCCGACGCCGAAUAGGGGAAGGAAAGAGGCGAGGGAGUCGUUGCGCGCCGUCCAGUCGCGCGAAUCCGUCCGACAUAGCCGGACCGCGUCUCAACUCAAGAGCGGCCCCGGCUUCGAAAACUCCCCCAUCCGAGUGCCCAGUCGGGUGGCGGAGGAGAACACGCCUAGUCAGCCGUCGGUGACUGUCGAGAGCCCGUCUGCGCAGACGCCGGAUGAGAAGUUUGCGCCCAGCGCGACGCUUUCCGGCCCCAUGACCGAUGCGAACCCGUUCAUGAACGAGACACCACGCCCCGGGUCCAAGAAGGAACAAAAGUCUAAGUCGGACGAGGCCCCGACAUCAGCCCCUCAUCCCGCGGAGUCGAAGCAGAAUGAGCAAUACUUUCAGGUUUCCCCUCCACCGACGCCCACCAAAGACUUGACACUCUUUCUCCAGUACAAAUCCAAGGUCAAGAAGAUUGUGCUGCCUGAAGGUCGCGACGAGCUCUCCAUUGGGCGCCUGCAGCUGGCCUUUAUCGAGAAGUUUUCCUGGAACACGCAACAGAAUGGAGCCGAUCUGCCCGAGAUCUACAUUCAGGACCCUGUGUCUGGUGUGCGGCACGAGUUGGAGGAUCUGAGUGACAUUAAGGAUCGAACUGUUCUGGUGCUCAACGUGGAGCCGCUGGAUGAGGUGAAGCGGCACAUCGAUGAGGGCAUAUCCGCGCUCACCAAGAUUGUUCGCGAGGUGAAGCAGAACGUCGACGACCAAGCGGUUACUCUCCAACGGGUUUCGGAUCGCCAACAAGAGACGGCCAAGGAGAUGGCCCAGAUCGUCUUGGAAAAGGCCCAGCAGAUGCCUGUGCGCGCCGCGGAGGGCUCAAGGCCCCUGGGACCCGGCCGGAAGCUCGACAACAGCCAAAUCGGACAGAUUCAGAGCUUGCGGCAGGACCUCGCCGUACUUCGACAAACCUACUCGGCCUUCCAGUCGGAGAUCCAGUCGUCCAUGUCCACCAUCCGCAACAAGGCCGCCCACGUCAAGGCUGUGGCUGCCAAGGCUGCCAUCCCCAGCAUGGAGGGCGAUGCCGGUUAUGCCUAUGUCUCGAAUGGGCGUAAGCAGCUCAACGCCGACUCGGACCGACUGGUCGCCAAGGUGGACGACCUCCAGGACCUGGUGGAGGACUUGCGCAAGGAUGUGGUGCACCGCGGUGUUCGACCCCUGCCCCGACAGCUCGAGGUUGUUGCCAAGGACGUUACAGCUCUUUCCAAGGAGCUCAAGGCAAUGGAGGACUACAUGGCCAAGGAGAAGCCCAUCUGGACAAAGAUUUGGGAGAAGGAGCUUGAGGACGUUUGCCAGGGACGUGAUGAGCUGCGCAUUAUGGAGGAACUGCUCAUCGAUCUGCGCGACGACUUGGAAAAGGCCUCGGAAACGUUUACUCUCGUCGAGCAGGCCACCAAGGAGCAGAUGAAGGACAGCGGAACGGGACACAGCGCCAGCACGGUCCGAACCUUCUCCAAGGGGCUGAACAACCUCGGCAACAGCCUCGAUCAAAACGCCGCCAAGGAGGAUAUGCUGGGCGAGGUGCGAGCCCUGCAGCCGAACCACCAGGACCGGCUCGAGGCCAUUGAGCGUGCCGAGAAGCUGCGGCAGAAGGAGCUCAAGACCCGUACGACAAACCCACUGCACCGUGAGAUGAAGGCCUUUGUUUCCGAGGGCAAGCUGAAGAAGUCGGGAGGCUUUGAAGAAGUGGAGCGCGCGCGCCUGGCCAAGGAUGAGAAGAUUCGGCGUGAGGUCUGGGAGCGGAUGAAUGGCAUUGUCGGGGAUGACGAGGAGGAAGAAGAAGAGGAGGAGGAGGAGGAGGAAGAAGAAGAAGAAGGGGAAGAGGGCGGAGAG